GGUGUUCACUAUAUUAUUCUGAAAAAUUAUUAUAAUUCGUUCUGAAUCCAGAAUAAUCAAUAGCAUCAAAGCUCAAUAAGAAUCAAUGGUGGCCGUAGCAUACACAGGUUCAACGAUCCAUCCAGUAGCCAACCAAAGAAUAAAUUCGACGGAGGAAAGGCAACGAACACCUUUACUGGACAACCCCCAGGAAACAGAAAGGGAAAUGGUAGCUUCGUCUUCGUCUAAACUUUUGGCCGCGGCAGCUGAGAAGUUGGUUUCGGCGGCUCGGCGCCAAGCCCUGACUCUAACAGACGCCGCUGCCGCCAGAAUACGGCACCUUCUCCAGCAGCGACAGCGUCCUUUUCUUCGGCUCGGCGUCAAGGCGCGAGGCUGCAACGGCUUGUCCUACACCCUCAACUAUUCAGAUGAGAAGGGGAAAUUUGAUGAGAUGGUUGAAGACAAGGGUGUGAAGAUAUUGAUCGAUCCAAAGGCCUUAAUGCAUGUGAUUGGGACCAAGAUGGACUUCAUUGAUGACAAACUCAGAUGAAUCCAUGCGUAAUUGCAACCUGUAACAAUGAUGAAUCCACUACACCUGGACAUUUGAUGUCUUCUUUGCCUUGCAUCACGGAGGGAUAAUGCUUAUUCCAAAGAACCUUGAGGUUGUUGUGUUCCCACACGCUUCAUUUUCCUGACUUUGAUGCAUGUAUUAUAGAUUUUUGUGUUGCUGACUACGUGAGCAAGAAAUUUGAGGUCGUAGUUUCUCAAGAAAAAGAAACAUUAGGUUAUGUAUUUCCAUCAUGCUUGGGGUUCCACUUGCAAAAUACAACAUAGAUUGAUUGUGUUACCAUGCUUUUAACUUAGUACAGGAUUAUUAACCCGCAUUACAGGUGAAUUAAGCACUAUGAUAGUGAAUCCCUCUCCAUGAGAAUAGGCAAGAAUUUCCUAACCAACAGGCCAAGACACCGGUUCCGAACUUCUAAUGGGAUUUAAUUUUUAUACAGACAUCCGGUAUAUUCCCAAUAAUGAAUUUAAUGCUUCUUAUUAACAUGAUUUCCAAGUAUCAGGGAAACUAGCCUUUGGCAUCUCAACCUUAUGUUUGAGAAUGCGUGUCUUUAAGUGAGCAAUUUUUCCUAGGAUCAAAGAGCUGAUUUUAUUUUCACGGUUCUCCUUUCCUUUGUG